UUGUUUACGUGAAUCUGCGUCACUGCAUGCAAACAGGUCAAAGUUGAGGUGACGGUACGCGUGUCCCCGUGCCAGCAGCGGACGGGGGAAACUGCACGCGCUCUGUUGUUACCACGUUGUCCGCCGGAGGGGGCGGGAGUCUCUUCCCUAUACAAGCCGUCCGCAGCGGGACUCCCGCAACCGCCGGGCUGCCCGGCACACAUGUCCCGCUUACCUCUCCAGUUCCACACCGAGGGAGAGUCUCCCUCCCCGUGGCUGAGUUUAGAGAACGGCAUGGAGAAUGAGGAGGAGGGGGAAGAGGAGGAGGAUGAUCUGGACGAUGAGGUGGACGCUUCUCAGCUGGAGAGGUUUAUGAAAGACAGAAGGAGAGCCAAGUCCCUGCCCGCCUACCCGGCGGCGCUCCUGGUCGGCGUCGGCGGAAAUGAUGGAAGGAAGCGGGUGAAGUUUGCCGACUCCAUGGGCCUGAACUUGGCCAGCGUCAAGCACUUCAGCUCGCUGGAGGAGCCACAGAUUCCGAGUAAAGUUCUGUCCCGACACAAGAGCUUCCCGCCGCAGCAGCAGGACGUACUGAACGACCUGUGCCAGAGCUUCAAGUCCAGCCUGAACACGGACCGCCUGGUCGCCUGCUUUCCGGAGCCCCAGAAGGCGGAGCGGAGAGUCCAGCGGCUCCGCGUCUGCCUGGAGAAGAUCGCCAUCACACAGUUCGACGUGCGGGGCCAGAUCCGGGUCUUUACCGGCUGCGCCGAAAAAGACGUCGGAGUGAGGUACACUUUCAACGACUGGCUCUCCUACGUGGACGCACAGGCUCUGCCCGCGGCCGCGGAUCAGCCGGACUUCGUAGGAGAACGCUUCAGUUUCACCGUGUACACCCCACCCUUUAUGGACCCCAGUUCGGCCGUGCACUUCGCCGUGUACCUGAGGAGCGAGGAGGGGGAGUUCUGGGACAACAACGAGGGAAAUAACUACACUCUCCAGUACCACUGUAUGCCUGGCACCGCGCCGUUUGUCAGCGCAGCUUUCCACCCCAUCUGACCGGUGCGCGUGUCGCGCGGAAAACCUUUAAAUCUGUGCGUAAAACUUAUAAUCAGUGCGUAAAAGCUCUCCAUCUAACCCGUCAGAUGAAAACCUUUGCUGCUGUUUUCCACCUGCUGAAUAGGAACACCAUCUGUGCAGUUCUGUGUCAUACGAUGAGUCUUUCUGUGAUCAGGUGACUUGUAGUUUGUCAGUCAGAUGCAAUGACACAGAUCAACUUUAGUUUUCUUUAAUUCUGGCCUCUUAAUGAUUCUGUCAUGUCUUUUCUUUUUUUAAGAAUUAAGCAGCCUCAUCAACACUCAAUAUUGUGAAGGACCACAUAGCGGACAUUUCUGGAUAUGAUUGUGUAUGAACUUGCAUUCAUGGAUUGUCUUUAAGGACACAUAAAAAACAAAGAAGUGAUUAUUUGCUCCCACUUUAAAGAAAACAGUUGGUGCCACACCAGUGUCAAGAACCUCCUGGACGUUUUAGACCUUUGGACAUAAGCCUCUCUGUCUCAGUGCAGCUCUUGGACUCCAUCUGUUGAUCAGAAAAAGGAUUUGGAAACAAUUUUAAAGUUAAACUAUACAUAUACACACACACACACACACACACACACACACACACACAUAUAUAUAUAUAUGUGUAUAUAUAUAUAUAUUUCUGUGCUUGUGCCUGUAGACAUGUUCAUUUCUGUAAUUAAAGGUAGAGGUAUAAUUCAUAAGCUGUUUUGCUGACUCUGUGUCCUAUUUUUCAUUUCUGUAAUUAAAGGUAGAGGCAUAAUUCAUAA